AUGUCUCCCGAUCUUGAGUCAAUUUUUGCCGAGUUGGGAUUGUCCCAGUAUCUUGGUGCAUUCGUUGAGCAAGGCUUCGAUGAGUGGGAUAUCAUUCUUGACAUCCAGGAGUCAGAUCUAGAUGCAUUGGGUGUCAAACUUGGCCACCGGAGGAAGCUCCAGAGAAGGAUAGCUAAUGCCCGUGGCAUCUCCCCAUCGGUGUCAUUGGUGACUCCUGCCAGGCCAACCAGCGAAGAUGCAAAAUCGGAUAGUGUGCAGCCUGAGCCCACUCGGACGGAACUACCUCCCGAUGGACAAGGUGUUGCCAAACGAAAGUAUCGGCGUCACCCUAAGCCUGACGAGAAUGCCCCUGAGAGACCCCCAUCAGCAUAUGUAUUGUUUUCCAACAAAAUUGCAAAACUCGUCGGAGAGAAUUGGCAAAACUUGAAUGCAAGUGAAAAGGAGGCAUAUGAAAGCCAAGCAAAUGCCGAUAAGGAGAAGUACCACCGUGACCUGAUGGACUAUAAGAAAACGGCCGAUUAUCGGAAGUAUAUGCAAUAUCUCCACGAGUUCAAAGAGAAGCAGGCCAAACGUACCCAAGGUUUGUAG